AUGGGCUCGUUGCUAUCGAGGCUGCUCGGCAGCCGUCCGAUGGCCUCCGCUGGCCCCACGAUGGUGGUGAAGGAUCUCGUCCUGAUUGGCGGAGGUCACAGCCACGUGGUGGUGCUCAAGAGCUUUGCCAUGAAGCCGAUGCCAGGUGUCAGGCUCACAUUGGUCACGAGGGACGUACAUACUCCCUACAGCGGCAUGCUGCCAGGCCUCGUUGCCGGCCACUACACGUACGACGACUGUCACAUUGACCUGCGCCCCUUGGCUCAACUCACCAACGCCCGCCUCCUGCACUGCUGCGCAUCGGGCCUUGACUUGGAUCAGCGUGCUGGGGUGCUGGCGGAUGGGCGCCCCCCCAUUCGCUACGAUGUGCUGUCCAUUGACAUUGGGAUCACACCUCUGCAAUCUGUGCCAGGCGCCAAGGACCUCACCCUUCCAGUGAAGCCCAUCGACUCCUUCACUCACCGCUGGGAGGCUUUACGGUCACGCAUCCUCUCCCUCGCCCCUGGCUCAAGUGUGCGAGUGGUGGUGGUGGGAGGGGGAGCUGGUGGAGUGGAGCUGCUUCUGGCCAUGCAGCAUCGACUGCAGCAGGACUGCCAGAAAAGCCAGGUGUAUGCCUCUUUUGUGCUUAUAACGAGAGGGGAGCUCCUGCCCACCCACAACGCACGCGUGCGAUCGAUUGUCCGACGGAUUCUGAAGGAGAGAAGUGUGAAGGUGCUUGAUGCUGCAGUGGUGGCAGUGAGACAACGAGGAGUGGAGAGCGGUGGAGAGCGAGUGGAUGGAGUGAAAAGGAAUGGGGCGGAAGGGGAGGUCAGCAGGGGAAGCAGCAGUGGGGCGGGUGGAGGAGAAGACAGAGAGUCGGCUCUAGAAGGGUCGAAAGCACAAGAAGGGGGUCAAGGAGGGUCGGCUGUGCAAGGAGGGGUGCUUGUUUUGGACGGGGGAGAGGAGGUGGAGUUUGACGAGUGUGUUUGGUGCACACAGGUGGAUGGGUGUGUGUGGUGCACGCAGGUGGAUGGGUGUGUGUGGUACACGCAGGUGGAUGGGUGUGUGUGGUACACGCAGGUGGAUGGGUGUGUGUGGUGCACGCAGGUGGAUGGGUGUGUGUGGUACACGCAGGUGGAUGGGUGUGUGUGGUGCCACGCAGGUGGAUGGGUGUGUGUGGUGCCACGCAGGUGGAUGGGUGUGUGUGGUGCCACGCAGGUGGAUGGGUGUGUGUGGUGCACGCAGGUGGAUGGGUGUGUGUGGUGCACGCAGGUGGAUGGGUGUGUGUGGUACACGCAGGUGGAUGGGUGUGUGUGGUGCACGCAGGUGGAUGGGUGUGUGUGGUACACGCAGGUGGAUGGGUGUGUGUGGUGCCACGCAGGUGGAUGGGUGUGUGUGGUGCCACGCAGGUGGAUGGGUGUGUGUGGUGCCACGCAGGUGGAUGGGUGUGUGUGGUGCACGCAGGUGGAUGGGUGUGUGUGGUGCACGCAGGUGGAUGGGUGUGUGUGGUACACGCAGGUGGAUGGGUGUGUGUGGUACACGCAGGUGGAUGGGUGUGUGUGGUGCCUUUCGAAACGUCUCAAAAGUGGUGCACACAGUGACCGUGCUGUUCUAGUGACGUGGCCCAAGGCAGGCAUGUUUGCAGUGCGGCAGGACAUGCCCCUUCCUGCCUUCGUUCCACUCACUCCCUCUGCUACAAACUCAGUGUUGCACUCUCUGUCGCACAACCUUGUCGUUUGCUCCCAUUCCCCCACUCGCAGCACUGGUGAUAAAUACGCAGUCUUCUCGCGGGGCUCUUUGGCUUUUGAAGACAGUCUUAUGUGGACUCUCAAGGACCGCAUCGACCGGGCCUUCAUGCGGCAUUUCAGCCAGCUGCCCAUCAUGCCAUCGCCUCCUCUUCCCACCAUCCCCGUCGCACACACAGCGGGGCCUGAAGCACUCCUGGCGCUCAAGAGCAUUCCCAUGCGCUGUGGGGGUUGUGGCUCCAAGGUCGGCUCAUCCCUUCUCUCCCGCGUGCUCACUCGUCUCGCCGCCCUCCCCAGCCGCCCACCUGGCCGCCCGGAAAUCCUCCUGGGCCUCGACUCGCCUGACGAUGCUGCUGUGCUGGCGAUCCCACCUGACAGCAUGGGCGGCAGACAGAACCCAGUCAUAGUCCAGACAGUCGACUUCUUCCGCUCCUUCCUCUCCGAUCCGCACACAUUCGGUCGAAUCGCCACCCUCCACGCUUUGACUGACUGCUUUGCCAUGGGUGCUGACCCCGUCUCAGCGCUCGCUAUAGUCACACUGCCUUAUGGAACAGAGGAGAAGAUGGAGGAGGAGCUUUUCCAGGUCAUGGCAGGGGCCAUCCGCGAAUUGGAUGCUGCCACGUGUCAGCUGGCGGGCAUGUGUGAGGGAGAUGCCAUCAUCCUCACCAAGCCCAUCGGCACAGGAGUCAUCUUUGCAGCCAAUAUGCGAUGCAAGGCCAAGAAAGCAGCGGCCAUCGCAUUGCAACACAAGGCCUCUUCUGCAACUGACGUCACAGGGUUUGGCUUACUUGGACAUCUGGUGGAAAUGACUAGAGCAUCUGGAGUUACAGUCACCAUCGAUCCCUCUACAGUUCCGAUUCUGGUAACCCAUUGGUACACCUGGUAA